AUUGUGGGAAACGUACAUUGGAACGUUAAAGUUAAUACAAAUAUUUACCUUUCCAAAUUUUUAUUGUUCAGUUUUCGAAAAAGUUCAAUAACAAUGGCUUCAGGAAUAACAAAAAUCCAAGUUUUGUCGCUUUACAAAUCGUUGAUAAAAGAAUCAAAGAAAUUUGCCAAUUAUAACUUCAGAUCUUACGCCUUGCGAAGAGUUCGAGACGCAUUUAGAGAGAGUAAAUCAAUCACUGAUCCAAAACUGCUGAAAAAAGAGUUUGAAUAUGGCAAAGAGAACCUGGAAAUUAUCAAACGUCAGGUGAUAGUAGGAGACAUGUACCAGACUGAAAAGCUUGUGAUAGAAAAUGUGCGAUAGAAAAAUAUUCCUUAGAUACAAAAUAUUUACAGCAUGUCAUAUGUAUAAGACUUCAAUUUAAUACAGCAAGAUGUAACCAGUCAAGGAAUAUGUCACUUUUUCAAAUAUGAAUGAUCUGUAAUCUAUAUUAGUUCUAUAAUAAUAUGGCUGCUUAUUCAACUGAAUCACAUUUUUUCACUGGCUUAAAUUGUAUUUUGAAUUCAUUCCUAAAUUCAUAGCACCCAUUUUUAAAAUAGUGCAGUGCUGAAUAAAUUCAGCACUGCACUAUUAUAACUAGUAUAUUUAAAAAUUACACUUUGAAAAUUUUUAAAUAAAUUAUAAUAUAAUUUAUUGUUGUUGAAAUUAUGGUAUUUAAUGUGUUGAGUUUAUCUCUAGAUGUAAGAUCAUCUCACUGGCUUUUGUACACUGCCAUUGUGUUGUACCCAGUGUUUGUUUUUUAUUUGUUAAAUUAAAAAAUAAUAAAUGUAACCUACCUCUUAUAAUUAUUAUGGUUAGUACUUGUGUACUAGGUUCACGAAUAAAAUAGUAUUAAACGUAA